UAGCUCUGCCGGCCGCCGAUGAUGACUUUUGUGUUUUCUGGUUGAACUUUGCCGUCGUGUCGCUUUUUCUCGGUGAUAUUGCUUGAAAGACGUUUCUUUUGGUCUAUAUUUUGUGAUCGGCGGACACAGAACGAAGCAAUCAUGGGCCUUCUGUACGGGCUGGGUCUGAGGAUCAUGAACUUCAUGGUAUUUUUCCUCAUUGUUAUAAUGCUGCCCGGCCUGCCGCCGCGCACCACCUUUCCCUUCAAAGAGUACAUUGUAACGCCGCCCAAGGAACUGAAGGGCGCUUUGGAGCCAAACUUUCACCUGGAAGGGGCCGAGCGACUGUUAGAAGGGCGUGUGUACGGCCCCGAGUGUCUAAUAGCCCGUAACAACGAGAUCUAUACCGGCAUCCAUGGCGGUGAGGUCAUCAAGCUAACCACCAACCAUGUCACGCAUGUCACCAAGAUCGGCCAGCCCUGUGAGGACAUUUAUGAGGAGUCGAGGUGCGGCCGUCCGCUGGGACUGGCCUUUGAUACGCAGGGCAACAACCUCAUCAUCGCCGACGCCUACUACGGCCUGUGGCAGGUCGACCUGGACACGCACAUGAAGACGUUGCUGGUGUCCCCGGCCCAGGAGCUCGCCGGCAAGGCCAUCAAUCGCCCCGCCAAGAUUUUCAACGGUGUGACGGUCAGCAAACAGGGAGACAUCUACUGGACGGACUCCUCGUCGGACUUUACCAUCGAAGACCUGGUCUUUGUCAGCUUUACUAACCCCUCGGGCCGUCUCUUUAAAUACGAUCGCUCGAAGAAUGUGAGCGAGGUGCUGUUGGACGAACUGGUCUUUGCCAACGGAGUGGUUAUCAGCCCCAACGAGGACUUCCUUGUGGUGGCCGAGACGGGCGCCUUGCGCCUGACCAAGUACCAUCUGAAGGGCCCUAAGGCCGGGCAGAGCGAGGUGUUUGUGGAUGGAUUGCCUGGACUGCCCGACAACCUAACGCCCGACGCCGAGGGCAUCUGGGUCCCGCUGGUCCUCAGCACUGAUAGCGAACAUCCCAACGGAUUCACACUCUUCACGCGCUUCCCCAGCGUUCGUUUGUUCCUGGCCCGUAUGUUGGCCCUGUUCGAGCUGCCCUUCCGCUACCUGAACAGCGUCUAUCCGAACAAGUUCUCGCAGCGCUUCGUUCACUUCGUGGGCCACAUGGAAAGCAUCAGUGUGCUGGCCCCCAAGCGCAUCACCGUAGUGCGCGUAGACUGGAACGGCAACAUUGUUGGAUCCCUUCACGGCUUCGAUAAGACCACUGCCUCUGUUUCGCAUGUAUUGGAGUUCCAGGACUUCCUCUUCCUGGGCUCGCCGGUCAAUCAAUAUGUGGCGCGCGUGAAGUCGCCAAAGUCAAAGCAGCCCACGCUUAAGGUGCGAAACGUUCGCGUUGAGGGCGAUGGCCUGGAGGCUUCUAUUGGUGCACCACCACCAAGGGCAACCACCACACCGAAGCCUAAGGCGGCAACCACCACAACGACGCCAAAGCCCAGCACCACACCAAAACCCACAACAACGACUACACAGAAGCCAACCACUACCACCACCACCACGACUAAGCCACCAACAACUAAGCCAACAACAACCAAGCCACCUACGACUAAGCCACCAACAACCAAGCCACCCACAACAACAACAACGACAACGACGACGCCCAAGCCGGCUACAACGACCACGAAGCGCACGGUGCCCGAAAAGCCAGCUCCCGUGGAGGAGCCCAUUCCUUCGGACACCAAGCCUCCGAAACAGGAGAAGCUCAAGGUCAUCAACAAGCAGGGCGUCAACGUGGAGCUCUAAAGCAGAAGAUUAGAUUUGGAUAUUCCCAAACGGGAGAUUCAGUUAUUCACUCCUAUCAAUUCUAUCCUUUUUUCCCUCCAGUAUCUCAACUAUAUUUUCGGGGGAUAUCCAUCAUAGUAACUGGUUUAACAUUCCCUAAAACUCAGUCAUUAGUCCAAAUACGUAGCUAAAUGUACUGACUAGCCGGGAAGCAUAGCAGCGCCUCGGAUGAUCCCCAUCCUCCAAAGGGCAGGCAGCGCUUUAUAUGCCUCUCGCAUAUAAUUUUGUUUCGCUUCAGCACUCGAUACAUUCCAUUUCCCUUAGUCCUGCCGGAAGCGUGCAUUCCCCAUGUAGUUAAGAUUAAAGAAGUAAACAAUGCCCUCAAAUUGUUGAACACGAGCAACUUUUCAUUUUUGUACUGAUAUUGUUCUUAUUUUCAUUUAAAAAAUAAAGGUAGUUUGUAAACAUAAA